AUGCCCCUUCUGCCUUCUCUGGCGGUUUGCUUUCGCGAACUCGAUAUCGCCACGAUUCUCCUCGGUCUUCAAAGCCCACUUCAGGAACCCGCUGACUUCUGUUGGAAUGAUGAAUCUUCCCUUCUUGAAUCACCUCUGGACUCAGCUGUGAAUGCCGUUUACGAUGUUUCACGAGUGAAACACUUUGGUAGAGAAAAGUCUCCUGAUACACCACUAAAUUGGAUCACUGUCUGCUAUCUACUAAAUGAACUCAAGGUGAAAGUGGAUCAUACAUUUGGGGUCGAUCUAAAAUCUUGUGCCGGCUGGUAUGCCUUCGAACGCCUCGAUGCAAUGUCGCCGCUGUUGCGUCAUUCCUACUUUCUGACAAUCGUUCCUUGCCUUGCUAAGGUCGUGAACUCUCUAGUCUAUCAUUUCAAAGAAUGCCGCGAUGAGGACUGCGAGGAUGACCCUUUUGGUCUCAGUCGCCUGACAUUCAAUCCGCCCACUCGCAUCCUUGCUGAUUGUCUUUCUACUUCGCUUUACUGCCUUACCGCUCUCUUGACCGGUAUACUGCCCAUAGUGAGUGUUCUACGCUCCUCGGAUGUUCUGUUUUCAAAAACCUCUACUCCGUCCGAUUCAAUCUGUCUGUCUCGUCUCCGGCGGUUGGCUCAGUAUUUGGACAAUAUCGACGUCACCGAUUCCUAUCUUUGCGACAAGUAUCAGAUGCCAACCGUAUCUAUGCUUGAAGACGAUGUUCUAGGUCUUGCUACUGAUGCACCCAAGCAGCCAGAGACCGAAGAUGAA